GUGUGGCCGGGAGAGCAGAGCGCCGCUCCGGCCGGCAGAUGGCGCUGUGGCGCUGCGGCGCUUCAGCCGUGUUUUGUUUUCAGAGCAGAGAAGAGGCGCCGGUGUUUGUGAUGGAGCCGGACAGUAAAGAUCAAUACCGGAGUCCCGGACUGAGAGGAAUGAAGAGCACAACGUUAUUCAGAGCAGUUAACCCAGAAUUAUUCAUCAGACCUAAUAAGCCGGUGAUGGCGUUCGGUCUGGUCACCCUCACGCUGUGUGUGGGGUAUCUGGGCUACCUGCACGCGGUGAAGGAGAACAGGCAGGAGCUCUACGAGGCCGUGGACAGCGAGGGGGAGAGAUACAUGCGCAGGAAGAGCUCCAAGUGGGACUGAAGGGGAACGGUCUUCUGUCCACGUCAGUCAACCAGCAAACAGAGACGCCCAGAGACUUAAUGCAUUAUAAUUUAAUGCGUAAAUCAUACGUUAUUAUAACGAUCUUGCAGGAAUCCCCGUUUCCCAGCUGGGGUCAGUAGCUCGCCGGACAGGUGGGGGUUUUGUUGCUCUAAUUCACCUGGGUGAGCUCAGGUGUGUUAAUGUGUAUAUAAGGUGGUGUUUGUUAUAAUAAACCGUGUAUCAGUGCU